AUCCGUGUCUUUCAUUUCAUUUUUCAUCCCUCACUCACUCCCUCACUCAUUCCACUGCCGACUCUAUAAAGCCACUUCCAAAACCUUGCAUUCCCUAACAAAACCCCACCAACAAAAGAACCCAACUUUCCCUUUUCUUUCAAUAUGGCUUCUUCUUCUUCUCUGACAAUUUCUCCAAGAAAGCUUCGUUCUGAUUUGUAUUCCUAUUCCUAUCAAGAAGAUUCUAGCACCCCAUUAGUGAUAAAUGUUCUGGCUUCCUUGAUUGAGAGGAGCAUGGCAAGAACAGAGAGGAUUGUGAAGAAUUGCUCUAAGUCUUUGUCCAAGGCCAUUAGCACAAACAUAUUUGAUUGCAGGGAGAUCCCAGACAUGACAAUCCAAUCUUAUCUAGAGAGAAUAUUCAGGUACACAAGAGCAGGACCAUCGGUUUAUGUUGUGGCCUAUGUCUACAUUGACAGGUUCUGCCAGAACAAUCCUGGGUUUAGAAUCAAUACCAGAAAUGUACAUAGGCUUCUCAUUACAACUAUUAUGGUAGCUUCCAAGUAUGUUGAAGACUUGAACUACAGAAACUCCUACUUUGGAAGAGUUGGUGGAUUGACAACUAAUGAGGUGAACAAGUUAGAGCUUGAAUUCCUUUUUUUAAUGGGUUUCAAAUUACAUGUCAAUGUUAGUAUUUUUGAAAGCUAUUGCUGUCAUUUGGAGAGGGAAGUCAGCAUUGGAGGAGGGUACCACAUUGAAAGGACCCUUCGAUGUGCAGAAGAAAUCAAAACAAGGCAUAGAGAAGAAAGGGGUUACACACUCAUUGCUCGUGUCAUGUUGUGAUCUAAUCAGUGUAUUUUUCUUUUGCUGUAAAUCUAAACCACCAAGGGCAUAGGUCAAUUAGUACGAGAUUAUUCUAAUUUAAGUCGCGGUUCGAGUCAAUGUAGAUGUAACUGCGUUAAAUACUUCAAUAUUGUCAAGAAAAAAAAAGAGUGGUGUAAAUCUAAGUGUAAUUUUUCAUUCACAAUUGUCGUGAAAGAAUAUAAUGUUAAAUUGGGUGUUGAGAUUUAAGGAUGAAGAGGGCAAAGCCAAUAGGCAAAGUAGACAGAGUGUGUAAAUUUGUUUGGUUUUUUCACUUGUAAAGAGUGAAUAUUUUCCAAUGAUUUUGGGGUAUUAUGCUUCUCUUAAUUACUGUAUAUGCAUGAUUUGAUCCUGAACUUUAGUA